GUUUCCGGCCACACCUCGCACACACCCGGUCUGCUUGCGCAGCGUUUGAUUUUUGAAAUUGGACUCCGAGCGAGGCCUUCACCCGAUGGCGCUCGAGCGAUACGUCAAGCCCAGCGACGCCAGCAGGAGGGACGCCCAUCUUCCGGAUACGACAUUUGUGGAGGGCUACGUGGUCGAGCACGCCUUGCGAUGGAAAUCAAAUUCUGUGGCGGGAUACCUCAACGCCGGCGGCGGCAUUGACGUAGGAGCAGGAGCGCCAGCCGACGUAGCGCAGCUUCAGAGGGCGCCAAAGGUCAGCGUCACCCUGUCCGAGUACCUCUCGGCGGCCUCGCCCCACGCCGACCCUUCGUGCGACUACGGCUGGUACACCCCAACCGCCUCCGCCAGCUCCCUUCCUGCCGCCGAGAACUCCGCUCAGGAGGGAUGCUACCCCGCGCCUCCGAGCCCGUCGGCCUACCCCAGCUCCCUGCCCUGGCGAUGCAACAGGGCGGACGUCGAGUCCACAGUCACAGUCUCUCUCUCGCCCGAGUCCAUCGUGCUCGGCGGCGGCGGCGACAGCAGCACCAAGGUGCAUGGGGCUGACAGUGGCGAAGGAAAAAACCUCCCACGUGAUACUUCACCAGAUGGGUUCAAAGAACACAGCAGUAUCAUCAACAACGGCGAUGGCGGUAGUUUCUCUAUGCGAAAACCACAGCAACAGCAGCAGCAGCAGCAACUCGCGCUGGUGCCACGAUCAAGCAACGUGAGUUUUGGGGGUGGGAUUGGUUGGGGGAGGGGUGGCGACCGCUCCGGCGCGUGCGCCUCAGGCCAGAGAUUGAUCGAAGCGAACGCAGCUGCAGCAGCAGAGUCAAGCGCCGGAAGCAUCGGUGUGCGGUUGCUCCCCGUCACGAAAGCCCGGAGCACGACGACGCACCUAAACUCUUGGCACCCGCUCUACCCUACGGUGUCAAGCAGCGGGAGGCUAUCGGCUGAGUCGUGCUCGGGCAAGUGCACGAUGCACAUCAGGAGGACAUCUUUCCCCAUCUCGACGAGACACUUCCCUGAGAAGCCCCCAACGCCGCCCAACAAAAAGCGACGAUCGGACCGAACAGCGCGCAGCGGCAGCAGCUGGGGGAGUGGGAGGCCACUGAACGGCUCGCCUUUGCUUCAAGGGAGAGGGAGAGGCAGAGCAGCAGCGGCGGCGGCGGCGGCGGCGAUUCUAAAGGAGGAGGAGGAGCAGCAGCAGCGGCAGCGGGAGUCUCCGAAGGCUGGCAGACCGACGAGCUAUUCGUGGGCAGUGACGGAGAUCCGGGUCAUCCGACCGGACUUGCGCUUUCCGCUUGGGCUCGCGCCCCCUUACGCCCAGUACCUGGUGGUGGUGUGUAUGGGGAGAGAGAAGCUCGUCGCGGGGUGGAGGAGGGCCUCGGACUUCGAGAAGCUAGCGGCCACCGCGAGCAAGGCCUGGAUGCCUAAGUCGUGCGUCGCGUGGGAGGCUCUGGAGCGCGCGAGGCGAGGUGACGGCGGGGGACCAUGCAACAUGCCGGUCGUGCUGCGGCCCAGGCGGCUGGACUCCGUGUACUUGCAGAACAAGGCAAGGUUCCUCGAGGAGUUUCUGAAGCAAUAUUUCUUCGAAGCCGGCAGCAAGGAUGCGCUGCUCUCCUUCUUGGACCUGAAGAAGCCCGCCACCGCGGAGGUUUGACCUCUUAGGGGUCCGCCCCACGACAGAAAUUUGGGAGACGACAAGAAACGUGGGAUGGGCGAGGACGGUACACGGGGCCGGACGAUCACAUGCCAACCCGUGCCCCGGAUAGAAGAAGGGAGCGGAAAACACAAGGAGGAAGAGACACGGAGGAGAGAGAGAUGGGGAGGAACCAAAAACGAACAAGUAGGUGUCCCCGAUCCCCGUUGCGAACGCCCACGCCUCCUUUCGCUGCGUCGAGAGUGAGCUGGCGGAGACAGAGCAGGUUGAGAGAGAAAAAGUGCUUUGCUUUCGGCUGGCGGGCGAGUGGUGAUCGUGUUGCCGCGGCGUGCGCCUGCCUGGCCCGGGGACGGCUCGGCGUUUGCACGAGGGACAAAGAGGCAGGGGGUAGAGGAGUGAACGGCAUAGAAUAGAGCCCGUUUCUCGCCCUCCUGUGCCGACCCAGUGCCGUCCCCUCCUCUGGCGGCGAAGAGUCUCGAUCGUCUUGAGACCCUGCGGUGGCUUUGUGUGGCGGGUUGACAGGCAGACGUAAAUUGAAUGGGACUGGAGGAUGGGAAGGACGGGAGACGUGCUGUUUUCCGCGGGGAGUGCACACGGGUACCAAGAAGAAGAUGACGUCAUGGUCGCCUUCGGUUGCAUGGGCUCUGUAUGCUCUAACUCUCCGAGAGCAGUUUAAUUGAUGCCACGGGCAUGUCCACCGGUUUGUUUGCGGGAAGGGACAACGAUGCAGCGGCAUCGAGAUCAAAGGUGGUUUACUUUCAUGUUCGGUUCCCAGUAUUUAUUUUUUUUCGAUUAGGUAACACUGUAUAAUAUGUAGUCAUUUCGUUCCAGAUAGACAGGGCGCGUCGUGCUUCGGCACAGAGCGGGGUGGGUCAUAGAAGAGCUUUCGGCACCCCUACCCCGCUCCCCCCAGACUUGUUGCCCUCCCGCGCGCCCAGCGUGCUUGCGGGCUUUCUCGUUCUUUUUUAUUAUGCCUUGCCUUCGACCAGAACGGUCAGCAGCAACGUUUGGGUUCCCUCGCGAGUACUUGCGUGUCCGUGUGCCGUUUUAAGGUGCGUUGUUUUGUGUUGGCCUGCGGUACCCGCACGAAGGACAAGACUAUUGGGAACCCUUAGGAUAUUGAUGUAGGUGUAUAUAUUUGAACACGUAUCAUAAAGGGCAGGCUACUUGUUGAGUUGUUGUUUUUUUUUGUCGGUGGUGGCAGCGAGCAUCUCGUGUCCGGGCAUGCGGCCUUUUCAAAACGGGGUGGUCGCACAAGUUUUGGCCGUGCACAGAUUGUUUGUUCCACCCUCACCGAAGGACCAUGUGGAGUUGUCAUUUGUUUCAGCGAAGCAGAAGCCACGGGAGGUAUGUGACGUACGCUUGACCGUUGGUUUUGGUCAGCAUUUUCUUCCUGCAGCAAGUGCUUAGAGAACCUGUCUUUGGCGUGCCGGCGCAUACGAUUUGUGUGGUUGAUUCAUUGAAGUUUCAGUAUCUGGGAGCAAAAGUUAGAGGUGAUGCUCCCCACGCUCCGCCCCCCCGCGCCAUGUUCCGUUGCCUGCGUGCUCUGCUGAUGUUUUGCACUCCUCGUACCAGCGGCAAAAGCGGGAGAGUAGUACGUGAGACUUGUGUAGAGCGAAAGUGCUUACUUUUGUUCUUCCUCUUGAGUGUUUUAUUUUUCAUGUGUGAGACCCGAAGGUCGGAUAGUUGUCCCUUGUUGGACAUCGAAGUGAUACGUGCCUUAAGCAGAUGUCUUGCAUGUGCGGUACGCGAUAUGCGUUCGCGUUACCUUUCGAGUUUGGCGCCCGUGAGAUAAUCGCAACACCCUUCGUUGGCGUCGACAACUCGCUUGUCUUGUCGGUGCUUGCCCGUCCUGUUCGGCCAGCGUGCAUCGAAGUUUUUUUGGUUCCGGCGUAAAGAGUGCGGGCGGGCGGGGCGAGCUUGUCCGACGCCUCCUCCCCGCUCUGUCUCCCGGUGAUAAAGCGCGCGGUUGUUCUCCUUUAACGCUGCAAGUAAUAAAGAGCAUGGUAGUAUGCGAUGGGGGCGGUGCAAAACCAAUAUUGGUUCGUUAAAGUUUUCGAAUUCCCGGUGUCUUGUGCGUGUUUUGUGGGUAGCUUAUUCCCUCCAGGUGUUACGAAUAUCGGGCGUGAGUGGCUUUUCGAGUGUUCAGUGAGUUUUUCUGUCCGAAGAAUGUACGACAGCCGUCGGCGCACAGCAUACUCGGGAUAACAGUGACUUGUGGUGCUACCUGCACACGCACGCACGCGCGCGUUUGUGGCAAGCGGUUGGUGGUUUAUUUUGUGUCUGUUUCUGACUAUCAUUGCAGGUGACUUGUGAUUGUGUCUUCCCUGGUGAUGUCCGUGUCUGCGGGAAGGGGAGAAGUCGAACGUCUGGUUCCAAGCAGCCCCAUACAUUGAGAAGGGUCGUAUCCCCGCCGGCGUGGUAAUGCCAGACGUUACUGAUGGCGAUGAACGAAUGUAGAGAUGGACGGGGUGAUGACGCUCAAGAGAACGUGUGUUUGCAUUUGUAUGUGUGCGAGGUUGACAUGUGUAGCCGACGGGCGGGUUGUUUCGGGGCUAACUGUCUUCGGUUUGGCAUGUACGCGGUUGUUUGGUUGACACUUUGCGCGGUUGCCGUUUGCCUGUUAUAGGACGUCGGGCCAACAUGGAGUAGGUCAGGUUGGCACACUCUUGUCUCCUUCGGCAUUCGACUGCUGUGAUGCCGGUAGUGAGUGCACAAGUUAGCGAGUCGUGCGUGUGUCAAGAUAAACAACAGGCCAUGAAGCGUGAUAACUCUGGGGGGGUCUGAUAUUGUUACCUGUUCUUUCGUGCGAUCUCUCCCUACUUCAAUUUCCGGAACCUCUUGUAUUUGAUUGGCAUCGACCGCCCGUAGGGGCUGACCGGUGGAAAGGUGUUAAUUUCGUGAAUGAUAUAUUGACGGCCGUUGCCUGUCGUUCCGCCUUCUAGUCGCUGCUGGCAUUAUGUUGGUGGCCACGCCUGGAAAGGCUACUACCUUGCUGUAGAUUAGUUUCGAUUUUUUUCGUUCGUAUGCGAUCAUUGGUACGACUUUUGGCCGUGGGGGGGGGGAGCUCCUCGAACACCGUACCUGAUGAGGACGUCUCAUCCUAGAACGUACCCUAUUAUCGGUGUUGUAGAUCUUCAGUAGUGUGCAAUUUCUAUCGCAAGCGCCCCCAUCACCUUGAUGUUUGAAUCACGGGCAGGUUUAGUACAGUACAGUAUUUUUAUUCCAGUAUUUAACUGCGUACUAAAACGUCCAGUACAGUACAGUACCGAGAGCCGUGCUGCCAGUACAGUAUAUUCCAGUAUCGAGAGCUGUACUGGAGAUUGCAGUAUUUUUAUUCCAGUAUUGAAAGCUGUACUAAAACGUCCAGUACAGUACAGUACCGAGCGCCGUGCUGCCAGUACAGUAUAUUCCAGUAUCGAGAGCUGUACUGAAGAGUGCAGUAUUUUUAUUCCAGUAUUGAAAGCUGUA